ACAUAUAGCUGCACGAGCACCCGCACGCGCACAGGUUGUCACGCACGCGCGGCAGGAGGUGCGGCAGGAGGCGGAGCUCGUGCUGCGGGAUAGUGAGUGUUUCCCCGCAGAUCUUCCUCUCUGCUCUCCCUCCAGAACUCUUUAAACUGCUCUAAACCUCCGUAAUAGAGCGAUAAUGUACCGGUGCUUCGGCUCUCUGCUCCCCCGGGCUUCUCUCUCCGGCCCGUGGGCCUCUCUCUGCGGCACGCGCGCCUACAGCCAGGCCGCGGACAGCAGCGAUGAUCCGAACUUCUUCUCCAUGGUGGAGGGCUUCUUCGACCGCGGGGCCGCCAUCGUGGAGGACCGGCUCGUGGAGGGCCUGAAGACGCGCGAGACACAGGAGCAGAAGAGGAAGCGCGUGCGCGGGAUCCUUAGGGUCAUCAAACCGUGCAACCACGUGCUCAGCGUCAACUUCCCCAUCAAGAAGGACUGCGGGGAGUGGGAGGUGAUCGAGGCGUACCGAGCCCAACACAGCCAGCACCGGACCCCCUGCAAGGGAGGGAUCCGGUACAGCAUGGAUGUUUCUGUGGACGAGGUGAAAGCUCUGGCCUCGCUGAUGACCUACAAGUGUGCUGUCGUUGAUGUGCCGUUCGGUGGAGCGAAAGCCGGAGUGAAGAUCAACCCGAAGAAUUACUCUGACAACGAGCUGGAGAAGAUCACGCGCCGGUUCACCGUGGAGCUCGCUAAGAAAGGCUUCAUCGGGCCGGGCAUCGAUGUUCCCGCCCCCGAUAUGAGCACCGGAGAGCGGGAGAUGUCCUGGAUCGCAGACACCUACUCCACCACCAUGGGACACAACGACAUCAAUGCGAGCGCCUGUGUCACCGGGAAGCCCAUCAGUCAGGGCGGGAUCCACGGCAGAAUCUCUGCCACCGGGAGAGGAGUCUUCCACGGCAUCGAGAACUUCAUCAACGAGGCGUCGUACAUGAGUCAGAUCGGCCUGACGCCUGGGUUCCAGGACAAGACCUUCAUCAUCCAGGGUUUCGGUAACGUGGGUCUGCACACGAUGCGUUAUCUUCACCGUUUCGGGGCGAAGUGCGUUGGAAUCGCAGAGAUGGACGGAAGCAUCUGGAACCCCAAAGGCCUCGACCCCAAAGAGCUGGAGGAAUACAAACUGGCCAACGGGACGAUCGUAGGUUUCCCAAACUCCACUCCCUACGAGGGAAGCAUCCUGGAGGCCGACUGCGACAUCCUGAUCCCUGCAGCCAGCGAGAUGCAGCUGACCAAGAGCAACGCUCACAAGAUCAAAGCCAAGAUCAUCGCUGAAGGAGCCAACGGGCCGACGACGCCCGAGGCCGACCGCAUCUUCCUGGAGAGAAACGUGCUGGUGAUCCCGGACAUGUACCUGAAUGCAGGUGGAGUGACGGUGUCGUACUUUGAAUGGUUGAAGAAUCUGAACCACGUCAGUUACGGCCGACUCACCUUCAAAUACGAGAGGGAUUCAAACUACCACCUGCUGAUGUCGGUACAGGAGAGUCUUGAGAGGAAGUUUGGGAAACACGGCGGUGCGAUUCCCAUCGUUCCCACUUCAGAGUUCCAGGCCCGCGUCGCUGGAGCGUCGGAGAAAGACAUCGUUCACUCAGGUCUCGCCUACACCAUGGAGCGCUCUGCCAAGGCAAUCAUGCGGACGGCCAACACGUACAACCUGGGUUUGGAUCUGAGGACGGCAGCGUACGUGAACGCCAUCGAGAAGGUGUUCCAGGUGUACAACCAGGCGGGCCUCAGCUUAUCUUAGAGACACACACACACACACAUACAUACAUACAUACAUACAUACAUACAUACAUACAUACAUACACACACACACACACACACACAACUGUCUGUUACACGUCUGUUACGUUUUAAGUCAGAUUCUUUCGGGUUUUAUCAGAAAUAUGUAUUUUUCCCCUCAAAAUUGUUGGGAUUUAUUUCACAAAACAUUCCGGGGUUCUACCCAAUUUUAUUUCUUCUGAAAUUGUUAUGAUUUUUUUUACAGAAUAUCUGAUAUUUUCUAAAAACAUUUCAUUUUCUAGAACUCUUUUUCACAAACUAUUCCUACAGUCUUUCUCAAAAUAUUCGGAUCAUUUUAUUUUUGGAAUAGUCCAACUGUCUGUCUGUCACCUGUCUGUCUGUCACCUGUGUGUCUGUCACCUGUCUGUUACCUGUCUGUUACCUGUCUG